AUGAGCUCUCCGCCGUCGCUGUCAGACUUGUCGCUGAACGAUCGCAAUCCCGAUCGCCACCCCCUUAAGGGGCUGCAUGAGGCCCGGGGUAUCCGUAAGGUGUCAUUACACUCGCGCUCAGGCUCUGUGGCCGAAGAAGAAGAGCCUUCCUCCACAGACUCCAAUGCUGCUACAGCUUCUCAUCCACCAGCUGACCAGUUGUCAGAAGUGUCAGCAGAAACGCUGGCCCGUAUCCAGGCCAUCCAUAUGUCGCGAAUGAGCAGAGAUCGAUCCCACUCGUCGCCUCCAGAGCCCGAACAGGAACAGCUCCAGCAACUCCAGGACCGCACCCCGCCGUCGUGGCAGACUCAACGACCCCACCCCCACGUGACCACCGACUUUGGCCCACAGCUGACCUCACCAGAAAUUUCGCCCUUCACCACAGCGUCGUCUGUGCCUCGAAAUUCAGACCAUAGCUUCUCUCAGUUCCAGACCGGCUCCUUGCCUAAAUCCUACACAGGUGGUGUCAUCCCCCCUGGCGUUACUGCCAGUCCUCUCAACGGCCCUCUCACCGGACCGCUGACUGGACCGCUCACCGGACCUCUGACUGGAGGAACCAAGCCAGUCUCAAGACAAUCGUCGCUGUCGUCGCGACGAGGCAUGAGACUGCCAGGAUCCCCUCUCGUCUCUGACGACGAGUGCAGCCAAAACCCGGCUGCCUCCACCCCUAAACCCAUGAAUUUGCAUUUACCCGACUACUCCAAGCUCAGCUACAAUGGUGACAACAAUGGUAGUUCUUCGGCAGAUAGCCGAUCUCGCGAGAGCUCCUCGUCCUCCAACGCAUCAUCCACCUCCACCACACCCUCCUGUGCCCUCACAGGUGGACUCACAGGUCCUACCGUUCAGACAGGAGCCCGUCUUCCCGGCCGACUAUCGUCGCAAAACUCCAUCAAGCGAAAGGGCCCCGGAAAGCUGUCGCUCAGCGGGUCGCCCAGCAGUAGUCCUGUGACUCCAUCCGAUGGAAGUGCUGUCCCCCUGCCCAUUGCCAAAGACCAGGCUCCAGCCCAGGGAGCCCCUGCUCAGGGAGGCGGUCUGUUUGCACAGUUUUCAAAGAUCGUCGACAUCAACACGGGAAAACUCAACUUUGCUGGAAAGGCCAGCUUGCAUUCGGAAGGUAUCGACUUCUCGGGAGGUACGUCGUUCCGAAUCAACAUUGACGAGCUGGAGCCUCUGGGAGAGCUGGGACGAGGCAACUACGGAACUGUUACAAAGGUGCUGCAUAAGCCCACAGGUAUCACCAUGGCAAUGAAGGAGGUAAAGCUGGAGCUGGACACCGCCAAAUUUGCCCAGAUAAUUAUGGAGCUGGAUAUUCUACACAAGUGCGAGUCUCCAUACAUUGUCGACUUUUUCGGCGCCUUCUUUGUAGAGGGAGCUGUUUACGAAUGCAUUGAGUACAUGGACGGAGGAUCACUGGACAAGGUGUAUGCAGGAGGUGUGGAUGAGCCCUGCUUGGCUGCCAUCACCGACAGUGUGGUUCGGGGUCUUAUGUUCCUGAAGGAGGAGCACAAUAUUAUCCACAGAGAUGUCAAGCCCACGAAUAUUCUCAUCAACACCGAAGGAAAGGUCAAGUUGUGUGAUUUCGGAGUGUCCGGCAACCUCGUUGCAUCCAAGGCAUCCACUGUGAUCGGAUGCCAGUCAUACAUGGCACCCGAGCGUAUCCACAACCCCGAUUCUGGCAACGUGACAUACACUGCCAAUUCUGACAUUUGGAGUUUGGGCGUAAGUAUCCUGGAAAUCGCCCAAGGCUCAUACCCUUACCCUCCUGAAGCAUACAACAAUGUUUUCGCCCAGUUGCGAGCCAUUGUGUCUGGUGAUCCCCCUCAGCUUGCCGAGCGGUUCUCUCCUGAGGCACGGGACUUUGUUGCCCAGUGUCUGCAGAAGAAGCCCUACCAGCGGCCCACUUACCAGCAGUUACUGGAGCAUCCCUGGCUCAAGAAGUACCGGGGCGUGGACGUUGGCAUGGCCGAUUUCGUGAAGAAGGCCCUGGAACGUGGUAAGAACGCCACUUCCACUUCCAACGAGACCACCCCAACGGGCACCACUAUCCCUGUGUCCCGCAACAACCCUGGUUUGGUUUCCCGUGACGGACGAAACAACAUGGUUCCUGCUUUGCAUCAUAGCUUCCUCAACAAUAGACAAUAA